AUGGCUGCUGUGCAGAGCAGAGUUGCAGAUGAGGUGGUGGCUCUGCCGCUCUGCAAAGCCCUGCCAGUGUGUGUGUAUGUGCGUACUGCUGUCAAGAAGGUGAAGCUAUUGGCUCCGGCUGGUGGCUUCGGAGGGAAGAAACUGUUCAAGCCUCGAUUUAAAGGGAAAUUAGGAGCUGCUGCUAAGAUGGAAGAAGGCUCCCGUCAGCUAAUUCGAAGCCAGGAAACCAUCGCAGAAAAAGAUCACUGCAGGAGACUUAGCGCGCACCGCUCGCUGGAGUCAGCUGCGCACCUUUUCCGCCCAAACCAAGCCGGCACUCCUAAUGUGGCAGGCGGGCGGGGAGAAGAGGAGGUGCAACUCGACGGACUGGACGGAGCCGCACAGCAGAGCGCCAGAAGGAGACGAACAAGCGGGUUCUUGAGAGCUCUAGCACGGUGGGGAUUCCCGGCCCGCCCCUGCGCGUUCUCCUGCAUUGCUCCGGCGGGUGAUCCCCCCUCCCCAUCUCCGUGUGUGCCUGCCCGCCCGCCCGGCUCUCCUCUCCAGAUCCCCGGCGGCCGAGGAGUGGGGAACGGGCGGAAGGGCCACCACCCCACCGUCACCCUGGCGCUGCGUUGUUUGGAUGGCGUGUUCCUUUCCCCCACGGAGAAUGACUUUGUCAACAAGAUCGUGGAGGAACUGGACCACUUCCUCCUUCUAAAACAGCUGGAGAAAGUCCUUUUGUUUCCUCCCUUGUCCAGUCGCCUGAGAUACUUGAUCCACAGGACUGUGGAUGAUGUUGACCUGCUGAGCAGCUUUUCCGUUGGAGAAGGUUGGAGAAGGAGGACUGUAGUCUGUCACUCAGCAGUAAGGUUACCAGAUGAGCUAGAUGAUCAAAAUGGGUCCUGCAGCAGCGCCCCCAGCACAGGCCACCGUCCCCAUCCGAGAAGCAGAGGAGGCCGAUCCAGGGGAGGCCCACGCCACAUGGAAGCGCUGGCCGACAGCUCUCAAGCCCGGCGAGGGAACGGCCGGGGCAGGAGGCAGCCCCGGAAGAAGCCAGACAGAGCUCUGUAUGUCCCCAAGGCGAUACGGAAGAAGCCUGAAGGCUUGAGGCAAGAAGGUCUGGAGGCAUUUGGAAGCGAGUCGUCUGGCUUCGAGGUGAAUGAGGAUGAGCACCAAAUGUCCAGCGCCAUGUCCAGCAGGGAGGGAAUUCCAGAUGGCAACAGGUUACCUGCUAACAGUGAUCCCUACCUACAAUACCCGGAGGCUGAAAGCCCCAGAGUGAUUUAUACAAAUAAUCUGGAGUCAAGUAGUAAAAGUGUUGAAGGGGUGGCGGAGCCCCAGAAUUGCCCUCUGUUGGAAUUUAUCCCUAUUCCAUCAAAACUGGAAGAUAGAAGGAGUGUUCAUCAGGCCAGCUCGGUACUAGAAUCCAGCCAGAACCUCACCGCGUCAGAAAGCCAGUGCAGAGGUGGUGCAGAUGCUUUGGCCCUAAACUGUUGUGAAACCUCAAGCCUUCGAGAAGAACAAAACAGAGAGAGUUCUGGUGGGGUGCUGCCUAGGGAACGUGGGCACCUUCCUUUGCUAGAAGGCCAGAACGAUAGCGCUCUAGAGGUUGUUACGCUAGAAUUGAAUGCAAGCUUAUCAGUUCUAGAAGACCAGGGAAACUGUAACCAGGGUUCCUCUGUAUCGGAAAGCGGUGUGAUCCCAUCCCUACCCGAAGACCUCAAGGGUGACAUUGUGGAUGCUGUUUUGUUAAAGCCUAGCAACAAUCUGUUCCUUGCAGAAGAUAAGGCUAGUGAUUGUACUUGUUCCUCUGGAGUAGAGUGUAGGGAGAUACUACCCUUGGUGGAAGAGGGCGCUAUGGAUGCUACUGCGUCCCAGUGCAGCCCAGAAGCACCGGCACUGGAAACCCAGGAGGACUUCACCGAUGCAUCUCUGUUGGGGUGCAACCAAACUGAGUCCUAUAGAGACAUUCAGGAUCAAAGUAGCACUUCUGGGUGUGUGCUGGGAUGGGCAUCCUCUCCUGUAAUGGGAAGUUGUAGCGGUCCAUCUGUGUUAGAUCCUCAGGCUCUGCCCUACUUAAGUACCUCCAUAUCUGAUCAUGGCAAGGCCAAUCUAGUACUUGAAAGUCAGAAGGAGGUGAUAGACCUGGAAGGUAAUCAAUGGACUGGGCUGGAACUCUCUGCUGGGGAUAGAAGUGUGGGGAGCUCCACGGCGGAAGACAAGGACAGCAUCUUUGAAGAGGAUUGUGGUGCUGAACUCUUACAAGAGAUCACAAAUUAUUUGACUAUAAAGGACAUAAGCAUUGAGAGAAUCCAGUUUGAUUACUCUAGCUAUGGGGAGGCACAGAUCAAUGAGGGAGAUUUUGGUCAUGUGCUAGAGAUCUAUGAUUUUUCACCCUUGCUAAAAACCGAGCACCUUCUGGAGGCCUUUGCAGAGUUCCAAGAAAGUGGAUUUAAACUGCAGUGGGUUGAUGAUACUCACGCUCUUGGGAUCUUCUCCAGUUUGGCGGCAGCUUCUCAAGCAUUGGAACAGAGUUACUCCUCCCUAAAGAUCCGUCCCCUAAUCCAUGGUACAAGGCAGUCAAAAAUCAAGGCUCUUCAGCGGCCAAAGCUCCUUCAGCUGGCCAAAGAGAGACCCCAGACAGACAUGGCAGUGGCCAGAAGGCUGGUGACCAGAGCCCUUGGAUUACAACGCAGACUCCCGCGGAGCUCAGGCUGGCAAGUGCUGGAACAAGAAAACGCAAACCUGCCAGAGUAAAACCAGAUUGUCCUGAGUGGCUGGAGGUGAUGGCCUGGGUGUGGUAUUAAACAGUGUACACUCCACUUACAAUGAUAGCAGGCCUCAUCUGUGCUCUUUGGUUGGUGGCUUUUUUUUAAGUAGUGCCAGGCAGUUGUUGUUGUUGUUGGUGGUGGCUGGUUAUUUUAGAAACUGGAUAGAGAAUCUGAUGAGAGUCAAGGGUGGAGUAUUGAAUUUCCUUAACAUUUGCUGGGGAGGAGGCUGACUUCUAUCCAGGCACCUCAAGAGGGCACUAUAGCAUAAGAGAACCUUACAGUAUCCAUGUAAUACAUUGCCAAAGCACCUUAUAGGGUGUGAUUUUGUUGUUGUUUGUUUGGCUGGUUUUAUUUUAAUUUAAAAACCUGUACUCUGGAAAGUUGACAGGGCUCAGAACUGGCGUCUCACUCCUAAAUCAAUGAGCUGUUUUCUGAUCCGUUAAGGUGGAACAAAAAACGUUCUGCUUUCCUUUUUCAUGCCUCUUUCAAAGCCUUUGCAAAGUGGAGAUGAGGAAUAUGAUUUCCACCAGUGGAAGAGAAGAGGGUGCUGAUCCACGCCCCUGCCGUUCUCUUCACCAGCUCAGGUUCCUAAUGUGUGUGUUUGAAUGAAAUGCAAGUCUAGAUCACCACUGGGGGGGGGGGGAGUGGGAAAACUGCAGCAGUUGAAGGAUUGAGUGCAUCUCACCCCUUUGCCAUUUCUAUACUGGAAAUUGCAUCCUCCCAAUCCCUCUUCCCAAAGGAGAAGGAACAGCUGGGCUUUGAAGAGAUGAGAUGGAAGCAGAAUAUAUAAUUAAGGAGUGGGGAACCUGUGGCCAUCCCCCUGUUGUUAGACUUUAGUCCCUACCAUCCGUGAGCUGUUGGCCACCUGCUAGCAGUGGCUGAUGGGGUUUGGGUCUGACAACAGCAGGAGGGGCACAGAUUCCCCAGCCUUGGUGAGUUCCAGGUAGGCAACCACUUUGCUGCAAACUCGCUGAAAGGAACAGCUCCUUUGAGCCAUGUCAGAAGAGCCAACGAGACCCCAGCCCCACCCCAGGGCUGAUCUGAUCUUUGAGAGAGACACAAACCAACACAUUUGGAAGAGUCAAUAGCUUGUUUACUGAAAUUUGUAAAAGAUUUUUUUCUAGUUUUUCUUGUUUAAAAUUAAAGCUGUUAACAUACAAAUCAAUACA